CUUGGUUGGUGGUGACCGGCGUGUAUCCUCUGGCCGGGGAACGUUUUUCAUCUACGCAGGGAAUCUGUUAUCCUUUUUUUCAUUUUAAUAAAGCAAGCAAGCACAAUGCCAUCAAUCCCUGCUGAAACUGAAAUGGAUACAGUGACUUGCACUCAUGUUUCGGUUGACUGCAUACCCAAUGGAACCUUGGAGAAGGAAGCUUGUAAUUCAACAGAAAAAGAGAGGAAAUGGAUCAGACCUGAUACUGUCAGCAAGUGUACCUGGGAGCUUGGAAAAUCUCCUUCUGAAUCACCCCAUUGCCAUGCUACAUUAGCAAAGACUCCAAAAAUUAUGCCUGAUAUCCUCCAAAAAAUUGGAAAUACUCCCAUGGUGCGCAUCAACAAGAUUGGAAAGCUCUUUGGCCUCAAAUGUGAACUCUUGGCAAAAUGCGAGUUUUUCAAUGCUGGAGGAAGUGUGAAGGACCGAAUCAGUUUACGGAUGGUGGAAGACGCUGAAAGGGAUGGGAUUCUGAAGCCAGGGGAUACCAUUAUUGAACCAACUUCAGGAAAUACAGGAAUUGGACUGGCCUUGGCAGCUGCAGUGAAAGGAUACCGUUGUAUCAUUGUAAUGCCAGAGAAAAUGAGCAUGGAAAAGGUAGAUGUGCUACGUGCCCUUGGGGCUGAAAUUGUGAGGACUCCAACAACUGCCAGGUUUGAUUCUCCAGAAUCGCACGUUGGGGUGGCAUGGAGAUUGAAAAAUGAAAUCCCCAACUCCCACAUACUGGAUCAGUACCGCAAUGCCAGCAACCCCCUGUCCCAUUAUGACACAACAGCAGAGGAGAUCCUUCAGCAAUGUGAAGGUCAGGUAGACAUGAUUGUGGCUGGAGCUGGCACAGGAGGAACAAUCACUGGUAUUGCCCGAAAAAUCAAGGAGAAAUGCCCUGGAUGUAAAAUUGUUGGUGUUGAUCCUGAAGGAUCUAUCCUAGCGGAGCCUGAAAAACUAAACAGAACUGAUAAGACAACUUAUGAAGUGGAAGGUAUUGGAUAUGAUUUCAUCCCUACAGUUCUGGACAGAUCAGUGGUGGACAAAUGGCAUAAGUGUAAUGAUGAGGAAUCUUUUGCCUUCUCACGCAUGCUAAUCAGAGAAGAAGGACUGCUAUGUGGUGGCAGCUCAGGCAGUGCCAUGUCUGUUGCUGUCAAGGCUGCCCAAGAGCUAAAAGAAGGUCAGCGUUGUGUUGUCAUCCUUCCUGAUUCUGUCAGGAACUACAUGUCUAAGUUUCUAAGUGACAAAUGGAUGAUCCAAAAAGGGUUCAUGAAAGAAGAGGAUGAUAUUAUUAAGAAGCCUUGGUGGUGGCACUUGAAAGUUCAGGAACUAUGCCUGUCUGCCCCCCUAACUGUACUGCCAAGCGUUACCUGUGAAAAGACUAUUGAAAUACUCAGAGAGAAGGGAUUUGACCAAGUACCAGUGGUGGAUGAAUCUGGACUGAUCCUGGGGAUGGUUACCCUUGGCAAUAUGCUCUCUUCAGUGCUUGCUGGUAAAGUACAGCCAUUGGAUAAAGUCAGCAAAGUAAUCUACAAGCAAUUCAAAAUGAUUCAUCUGCAGGACAACUUAGGAAAGCUCUCCCAUAUUUUGGAAAUAGAUCAUUUUGCUCUGGUGGUACAUGAACAGAUUCAAUAUCACAGUGAUGGCGAAUCUAGUAAAAGGCAAAUGGUGUUUGGUGUUGUUACGGCAAUUGACUUGCUGAACUUUGUGACUGCCCAGGAACAGAAGAGAAACACAAACUAAGUUUUAAGAAACACAUCAAUAGGCAUUGUUUCAUUGGCUUUUCACAUUAAAAAAAGCCUCCCUCCCUCCCUCCCUCCUUCUUUUUUAUCUUCCUUUGUUAGAACAAUCUAGAAAAAUCUUUUUGGUCAAAAUGAAUAAGGUCAAAGUCAAUCGUUAUAAACAACUGUUACGUUUUAAAAUGUUAUAACUUCUAGAAUGUAGUGAGCACACUGAACUAUAAGGUACUGGGAUGUUUUAGGAUUAAUAGUUUCAGUAAGAAAUUGCUUUGUUUGCACUUACAAGUUUUAUAUUGUGAAAGCACAACUGAACAGGAGGACUAAGGCCUGAAUGAUCAAGCCAUUGCAAUAGGAUGGCCAUGUGACAACUUGCCAAGCUCACUGGUCCUCCUUCCACAUGUAUCUUGAAACUCUCCCAUCUCUUACUGUAAGCUGUUUUACAACCCAGAAUAGUAUUAGGUAUCUUCAUCUUUAAUCCUGUUACAGCUUGACCAGUGUCAAACCUACUGGUUGACUUCUACUGCAGAGUUAUAAGGAAACACAACUAUUUCCUAACCCAAUCUUCAUGAAGGAAUUGUCUUCAUAUGUAUCCGGGUGCUAGAAUAUACAAUUACAUGAGCAAACAGGAAAGGUGGUCUGAAAACAUUUUCUGUCUUCUAUAAGAAGUCAGCUACUUUAACUUCUUUUUAUAGCUGCUAGUUUGUCUAUCUGGAUCCCAUAUACUGCCCACCCACCUUCAACACUAAGAUGAUAAAAUAUCCAUUAUCCUUCCUAUUUGCAGAUUUCACUUUCUGAAUGCUUAAUAGCAAUGCCCUUCCUCAUUCUGGCCAAAUUAUAAAGAUGGAAAGGGAAGCAAGAAAUUGCUUUGAUAAUUAGCAAAAAAUAAAAAUGGGAAAGAAACCCUUAACUAGUACAUGCAGUUUUCGUUCCUCUAUGCACAUUAUGUGUGUAAACCAAAGAGAACUUUGUGUACUGAAUCACUACCAGCUUAUUGCUAGAAAAUGAGCAGCACCUCUAAUACUUUUGUUCCACAAAGACCAAAUUGGACUAUUUAAUCUUAAAUCAAUUCGAUUCUAAGUUUAUAUACGCACAUAUAUUUUUUAAACUGUCCAGCAUGAUGUUGGCCAAGUCACUUUUAUCUCUGCUUUGUUCAUGGGUAUGCUAGGUUGUUUAAAAUUAUACAUGUUUAGCUGGUCUUGAUGGGAAAUGACUGCAAACACAUUUAGCUGUUUUCUGAUUCUUUUGGUAGUCUACUUUGAUGCAGGAUUUUAUUUUCUUUUUGUGGUUUUCUUUAACUGGAAGCUUUAAAGGAGUGGACUACUAAUACUGUACUUUUUCCAAUCACAAUACUUGUUUGAUGCCAGAAAAUCCUCCUUGCAACAAUCAAGGACCCAGUUAUCUGUGCAGAAGGUUUUUGCUUAUAUAUGGAAUUCAGAUUAUGAUAUAAAACCACUAAAAGGCUGCUGUAAUAUAAUAAAUGAGAAAUUACUAUUUGGUCUCAAUAUAUUGUUCAGCAUUCAGCAUUCCAGUUAGCAUUUGUGGUUCUUUAGGACCAUAAAAAGGUCAUCUAUCUGUUUUUAAAGUUUGGAUUCUGUGUCAUGUUUAUUCUAAAUUUACUACAAAGAACUAAAUAAAUGUUUGUCCUGAUAAGCUAAUA